ACGUGGCCUUUGUUAAAGGAAGCGCUAACAGCUGACGGGCUAACUUACUGUAUUGUUGGUGCACCUACUUGGUGUACCCCUCCAUAUCGCGCACUUUGACUCCAGUUCGAUAUCUCGCCGGCUACACGCAAAUAUGGCUGAUGUCGACCCAGGAUUGCCUUUACCAACUGAAACUCAAGAUCCAGCAAGCGUUGGCAAUGAUACUCUGUCCAAUGGUACCGAUGCCGCUAACGCCACGGUAGCCAAGUUUGUGUCAACACCCGAAGGAACGGCACUGGCAUAUGGUAGCCUGGUUUUCAUGGCUCUGUUGCCUAUCUUCUUUGGUGCCCUGCGCUCCGUCAGUUGCGCCAAGAGCAAGAAUUCCUCAGACAUGCCGGAAACCAUCACCAGCCGAGAUGCUGCAAGGUUCCCCCUCAUCGCCAGCUGUACCCUCUUUGGAUUGUACCUGUUCUUCAAAAUAUUUUCUGAAGAAUACAUCAAUUUGCUGCUGUCAAUGUACUUCUUCAUACUGGGGAUUUUGGCCUUGUCCCACACCAUGAGUCCCUUCAUGAACGGGCUGUUUCCUGCCAACUUCCCCAACAAGCAGUACCAGCUCCUCUUCACACAGGGCUCCGGGGAAGGCAGGGAAGAAAUCGUCAACUACGAGUUCGACACCAAAGACCUGGUGUGCCUGUGCAUCAGCUCGGUGGUUGGAGUCUGGUACAUCCUGAAAAAGCACUGGAUCGCCAAUAAUCUCUUUGGCCUGGCGUUUGCUCUGAAUGGUGUGGAGCUGCUGCAUCUCAACAACGUCAGCACCGGCUGCAUCCUGCUGUCGGGCCUCUUUGUCUACGACGUCUUCUGGGUGUUUGGGACCAAUGUCAUGGUAACUGUUGCCAAAUCCUUUGAAGCACCAAUCAAAUUGGUGUUCCCCCAGGACCUGUUGGAGAAAGGUCUGGAGGCCAGUAACUUUGCCAUGUUAGGCCUGGGAGACAUCGUAAUUCCAGGUAUCUUUAUUGCAUUGCUCCUACGCUUUGAUGUCAGCCUGAAGAAGAAUACACGGACUUAUUUCUACACCAGUUUCCUUGCCUAUGUCUUCGGCCUGGGGUUAACUAUAUUUGUCAUGCACACCUUCAAACACGCACAGCCUGCUCUGCUGUACCUAGUUCCAGCAUGUAUUGGGUUCCCUGUGGUGGUGGCUCUUGUGAAAGGAGAACUGAUGGAAAUGUUCAGUUACGAGUCCUCGGCGGAGGUCUUGCCCCACACCCUCCAGCCCUCCCACUCCCCCGCUGCUCCCAGCUCUCCUGCCAGCCUGGCUAACUCUGUGCAGCCCUCGCCCUCCUCGCCCUGCCGGCGCCGCCACACGCCCGCCUCCACGUACGAAGAAUCUGCACCCAAGGUGGAGGCUCAUAAGGAAGAGGUGGAGGAGAAGAAGGAGAAGUAGAGACUGCCACACACCACCUCUGUAUAUCGCCAGAGGGCGCUCUAACCACCGUGUGUGUGAAAGUGGCUGCUGUAUUACAUGACUGUAUGACAUUGGAUGUUUAUAGCAUUUCAGUGGCUGUUUGAAGAAUGAAAAGUCCAGCAAUGCUUUGGUGCCUGUGUAAGCCUUUAUCCUUUUGGUCCAUAGAAUUAGGAUCCUGAAUUCUUACAGGGUGAAUCUGUAACUCAGUCCGUGUUCAUGGUUAGAAUUUUAAACUGUGUUUUUAAAUUGUGUUUUGGGUGGAGAAAUCAAUCAAGUUAAAGCAAAAACACACCAUGUAUGUUCCUUGAGCAAAAGAAUAAUAGGGAUGUGAAUGAUCAGUAUGUGUGUAGGGGGUGAUUGAGUUUACAGAGGACAGUAGUGAUUCAUUCAUGUCUGCGUGCUAUCUCUAAAGGCACACAGCGCCUUUGUGGUUUAGAUAUUUUUAGCUUUAUUUGUAUGAAGUCUGCUCACUAGGAUUGCAUAACAAAUCUGCUCACAGACGUGUAGGAAAGCCAUGUACAUUUUCCUCUGGACCAUGCCUGUACAGAACACACUGUACUCUUCCUGUAGUUGGAGGUGAUGGGAGAGGAGGCUCCAUAGCCAAGCUCUUUCUGAAUAUCGCUGACUUUACUGAACCAAUCACAACUCUUUGCUCUCAACAGCAAAAGACUGAAAAGUUCAUAUCAGUAAUCUCUUUGAUGUUCCACCUGCUUUGUGGUUUACGGAGCCUGGCUGUCCCAUAAUGAGCAUUUGUUACAUUUUGAAAACUGCGGUCUCCUUGUCAUCCCCUCACUCAUUCAGGCUUCAUGAGCCCAAAAGUCAGUGGAGCUAUCAUUCGUUGGCAACGAUUCCCUGGUAUUAACCAAUCAUUGUUUUGUAAUGGUGAGAGGUUUUUUAAUUGUUUUUAAUUGUCUUGUUCCACACAUUAUGGGGUUUAUGAUUCCUCUAUCCUCCAUUACUAACCCUCACUAUGUUAACUCUACUCCAGUUUCUAAAUGGAGACAUUUUUAUUUUAUUUUAUAACUUAAGAAUGUAGUGUAACACAACCCCUGACUACUUGGGGCCCUUUCAUUUUUCAAAUGCAUUAAUCUGAGUACUGAUUGUAUAUGAGCACAAGAAUCACUGCCAAGUACUGUAAUCACUUAAUAUUCCCUCACAACAGCUGUGCCAAACCCACAGUGGAGAAAUAGAGAUUGUUUUUACUUCAGAAAUGUUUGCUUAGCGAACGACCUUAUCCAACAUGUCAUGCUUGCAUCUUACACAUUUGCACAGCUGUAUCAUUACAGAUUAAGUACAGCUAGGAAUUUACUGAAGUCAUUCUGGUUAGGUACCUUGCUCAAGAUUACAACAGCAGUGCCCCACCCAGAUUUUAAACCUGCACCCUCCUGUUUCCAGCUCAACCAUAAGGCUGUCUGUAAAGUGUUGGAACUCCUCUGGCUUGCUGAGUGUUGGUUGGGCUUAGCUCUGCGGGUGCUUCCGGAAUGUUCUGGCCCUUCAGAGAGUUCCGGAAGUGCUAGCACAACCUCAUGCAGGAUCACCAGGGGAGACCAUAUCCCUGCUGUGAUUGAACUGUACUGCUAAAUUUCGUCCAUCUAUUUAUAUGUACUGAAGGCAUAAAUAAAUGCAUAAAUAGACUUUUAAAGAGACAGGCAAUGUCGGAUCCUACUUAGUUCAGGCACAGAUUCUCGGAGCUGCUGUGGUUUGCUGAAACAACAGCCACUGAAUCUACCCACAUUAAUCAGCUGUCUGUCAGCAUUGUGUUUAUUUCUCUAAAAGAGAAUUAUAUUUGUCUGAUGUAUCAGUUUUGCUAACAUGUCCUGAAUGAAGAUUUAAAGUUUGAAAAGGGUAGAAUUUGGGCAUAGCUGAGUGGCUUUGGGUUUACAAUUUUGUAGUUUUUAAAGCUCAUCUCUUACCUGCUUUGCUAGGUGUACAAUGAUAUGUCCCAUUUUUUGCUUGUCAAUGUUUGUUUCUGCCAUUGUACCAGUGCGCGUGGAAGCUUGCUUCUUUUGUUGAGGAGCGGUUUUGCAAUAAAUGGUGGUGUACACCACUGUAGCUGCAAUAAGUCUGUUUCUGUCUGUCUGCAUUCU